GCUGGUCAUUUUGCUGAAUGGCCGAACAUGCGCCCGACGGAGUGUCAGAGGUCACGGUAUACGGGGUACAGACGCCCGACGAGCGCUGCACGCACGGGCCACGGAGUUUGAUAAUCAGCGUCGUCCUCAUCGUUCUCGACGUCCAUCUCAGUGGUUAUUGCAGCGGCGAGCUCGACACCGCGAUGGCGCACCUCCUGCCCCAACACGGAGAUCUCAAUUUGACGCACUCAUCGCUUCAAUCCGCCCUGCAGAUCGAUCCCAAUCAGCAACCCGCCCAACAACCCGCCUCGCCGUCGACGAGCCGCAAGCGUAGAAAGGGCGAGGGCGACGAGCCUGCGCAGCCAGCAGAGCCCCGACGAUUGCGGCGGUCGCACGAGGCAUGUGCGCGGUGCAGGAGCAAGAAAAUCAAGUGCGACUCCAAGCAUCCGCGCUGCACAGCGUGCGCGACCGCGGGCACGGCAUGCCACCAGGAGGACAGACACCGCCAGACGCUUACCCCUCGCGGGCACACCGAGCGCAUCGAGCGCCAGCUUCUCCAGUGCGACGCUCUCCUCAAGCGGCAUUAUCCAGACUUCCACCUCGACGCGCUGGACGAAAUAUGUGCGCGCGAGGGCAUACAGAUAGAUUACAACGAGGCCGCAGUCUCAUCAACAUUCCAAUUCACGCAACAACAGGGCGGCCCAGCAGCACCGGGCCCACGACCGUACCCGCUCCGCAACGAAGCACCACAACCACCGCCAGGCGGAUCGCCCCCGAGGUACCCGCCGUAUCCUGGACAGCCGAUGAUGCCCUAUGGCCCGCCGGGACCAAUGAUGCCGUACCCGCCUCCCCCAGGUGUGUACCCACCUCACCCACACAUGCCGAUGCAAGGCCCGCACCCGGCGUAUGGUCAGCACAUGUAUCCUCCUGCGGGACCGCCGUUCCAGCACCCACUACAGCCGCACCCGGGUCUCCAGCGGCCGCCGUCGUCGCAUGACAUCAAGGGCCAGGACCCGCUGUCUCGCGACAUGUCAGACACGCAGGCCCUCGUGAAGAGUUUCGGUGUAGACAUGGAGAUUGUCGCGGGGGUGAAGUUACCCGCUCGAGACAAGGAAGAUCUUGCGGUGGGCUCAGGCGGGCUGAGCUCUCAGCGGGACCGAGAGAUCACAGAGCCACGGGACAAAAGCAAGUGGUUGACCGUCUCCAUGCGCCGAGACAACCAGACCGCACAGACACUCACUGUUUGGCUGCCGAAGGACCGUGGAAUGGUGCAGCACAUCGUCGAGGUAUACUUCACUCGUCUCAACCUCCACCGACCGGUAUUCUCGGGGAACGAGUUCCAUCAGACGCUCGACAUGCUGUACGAAGGACGGCCGGUGCUAAACGAUCCAGGCUACAUCUGCAGCGUGUACCUCAUACUCGCACUGGGGACUCUCAGCGAGCUCAAUUCGCGCUCAAACGGCAUCGACAAGGAGGCGCUACAGCCACCGACAAGCCCGACGGCGUCCAAGAAGCUCAUGCCGCCCGACUGGCCAGAGCACGAAGAGUUCUUCGAGCGCGCGCUCGCUGUGAAGCCUGACCUACGUGUGACGCUGUCUAGCUUACAGGCGCUCAUCCUGUUGCACUGGUAUCUGUACACCGAGCGCACCGGACGGACACUUUGGCGUCUUGUUGGCAGCCUCGUGCGGCUCGCCGUCGAGCUCGGGCUGCAUCAUAACCCUCUUUCGCAGUCCCAUGUAUUCACCGAGGAGGAAGCGCAGCUCCGGAUCCGGUUAUGGGCGAUCGUGCUGGUGCAUGACCGUGGCACGUCUAUCCUGCUCGGUCGGCCGCUGGCGAUUGCGCCGUCAGACUCCAAUACGCCCAGCCAUAUCCAGGCGGACAUCAUCAACUCGCUAGCGCGACACGAUCUUGCGGCAUGCGCACGCAUCAUGAAGAGCAUGGCGAGCUUCCGGAGCCGGCUGCCUGAGAACUACAAGUGGUUCUUCGUGAACAACCAGAACAUGCCGGAGGAGCGGCGAGCGAAGAUCGUGCAGGAUAUCACUGAGGACCAAGGGCUGACGCUGCUGAAGAUCGGGAUUACGAGGAUUCUGCUGCUCCGAGCGCUCUUCAGUGCGACGGAGCUCGGAUAUCACCACGCUUCCGUGCGCUUACAGACGGUGCCUGUGGUCACAUCGCACAACAUCAUUGUGGUGCACAACCAGUUGAUACAUUUCCCGGACAUCACGUUCUUCGUCUCACCCAUUCCAGUGCACAUCGCGGCGAUGGUCAUGCUGUACGGACAGAUGUCGCGCUGCUACGAGGUGCCGCGUGACAAUGUGAUCGCGGACGUGUGGAUGGCCGUUGACAUCCUGCCCAAGUUCCGAUGGCGCUGGGAGCGGCGUGAAGCGAACGGCGACCAUUCGCUGAUCGAGCGGCUCGCGGGGAGCGUGCUGAACGUCAACCUGCACGCGGUGAAGCCGACGUACCAGCCGAUGCUCAUCUGGGAGCGGGACUGGGACGACGUCUCGAUGUCGCCGCGGGGCACGCCGACGACGAGCCCGACGGUCGGCCCGGCGUACCCCGGCGUGAAGGGCAGCCCGGGGCACGUCAAUGGACUGGGAGGCGCGCCUGGGGAGAGCAAGCAGAUGCCGGAGGUGCCUGGUGGGCUGUUCUUCCCGUUCUACCCGGAGAACCAGGUCCCGCCUGGGCAGCAUGGCUCCCCGCCUGCGAGUGCUGGCGGAAGCGGCGGUGGCGGGCAGGAGAUCAAUACGCUGUUGGCGGCGGCAGCUGCGGCCCAGCCGCUGGGCACGUAUGGCUACCCGCCGUCGCAGGAGUCGUACAUGUUGGAAGAGAAGGAUUCCGUCUCCGGUGUGCCUCCGCCGCCGCCGCCGCCGCCGACUGCGGGGAUGUGGACCGUCCGUCGAUGAGAGGAGAUGGCUUUGCCUGGUGUCUAGGUCCCGGAUUACUCAGUGAGACGUGCAACAGGCGCAGUGAAAUACGAAUACUCUACUCGCGUGUGUAUCGAGGUUAUUUUUAUGUCCCCCCCUGUCGCAAUAGUUUGUACAGUACCGUGUACCGACCUUCAAUACUGUACACUAGUAGUCUCCUCUGUGUCAUGUUAUGCUGUCCGCCCUUGUCCGUCGCUUUCGCUUUCGGUAUGCAAUACAACGUGUGUUAUUUCCUCUAU